UUGUCAAAACUGCAAGAUGGCUGCUCCUACAAAGAAGGUGUUCGAGGUUUUUGUUUCAAAAAUCCCGUGGACGAUGGCUAGUAAGGAAGUAAAGGAAUACUUCGGGCAAUUUGGACAUGUUAAGAAGUGUUUGCUGCCUUUUGAUAAGGAUACAGGGUUCCACAAGGGUUUCUGCAGGAUCGGGUUUUCAAGUGAAGAAGGUCUCCAGAAUGCGCUUCAAAAGGAUUCACAUACCGUAGAAGGCGCAAAGCUUCAAGUUCAAAGAAAUAGACAAGUAGCUGUUGGACGACGGUCGAAUAGGGAUGUUGGGGACUCAAUUUGAAGGAAAUAUUUUGUGUGUACUUAUGUGUUUAUUUUGUCUCUCUACUGCAACCUUAAAUAAAUAUUGUUUCCUCAA